AUGUUAGUCUCUACACCAUCUCUUGUACCUUUAGAAAUACUUUUAAAUACAAUUAUCAACCAGUACUUGCAGUCUGCAUAUUGCAUAACAGUUUUUUCGGAGAGCCCUUUCACAUUCAUUCUGCCAACCAGUUUCAUUUCUCUGAUCCCAAAUGAAACAAAUCUGGUGGAACAGAUAUUUAAUGUAUCAGAAACGGGCUGCUCUGAUUACAUAGUCCGAAUGCGGGAUCCGCAAAUCUUUAUGGAAGCAUUUGAAAGAGUUGUUCAUAUAGCAAACGUAAGGAGAAGUGAUAGAAAAGUUAUAUUCUUGCCUUAUGAUGAGGAAUAUAACGAAGAAAAUGACGUUAACCUACCUUCUUUGGUGUUUUCGAUGAAAGGCAGCAAAUUUCUUGCAAAUAUGUUAAUGAUUGUAAACCAUGCGAGUGUUAACCAGGACUGCAAAAUAUUCAAUUUGGUUACUCAUCAAUUUGUCGGUCCUGAAGAUACGACCCAUCUACCUAAAUACUUGGAUAGUUGGGAUUCUUGUACUCAAAAGUUUGAAAAUGAAGCGAAUUUAUUUCCCCACGAUUUAACUAAUUUGUACGGAAAAGUAGUAAGGGUGGCUUGUUUUACUUACAAACCGUAUGCAUUGUUAGAUAUUGACCCUGCAAUUGAACCUCUAGGUAGGGAUGGAGUGGAGAUCAGGAUAGUCGAUGAACUUUGCAGAUGGAUAAAUUGUACUGUCGAAAUCGUGCGAGAGGAUGUUGAUCAGUGGGGCGAAAUUUAUGCAAACGAAUCUGGCGGCAUUGGUGUUAUUGGAAGUGUUGUGGAAGAUCGGGCUGAUAUUGCUAUAACCGCCCUCUAUUCCUGGUAUGAAGAAUACCGUGUGAUGGAUUUUUCGGUGGCUGGCGUAAGGACUGCAAUAACGUGCAUAGCUCCGGCACCUCGAUUACUAUCAAGCUGGGAAAUGCCCUUGAUGCCGUUUACUUGGUAUAUGUGGCUUGCAGUAGUUUUCACUUAUUUCUAUGCUUCGACUGGACUUUUAACAGCACAAGGAUGUUCUACGACUACGUACCCUUUCUUUAACGUAUUUGGGAUGAUGAUCGGGCAAUCGCAGUACGAAAGCAGAGCUUCAUGGAGGAUAAGAGGUGUGACUGGCUGGCUGCUAAUAGCUGGUUUAAUUCUAAGCUGUGCUUAUGGGGCCGGUUUGGCUUCCACAUUCACUGUGCCUCGAUAUGAGCCAUCCAUUGACACGGUACAAGAUAUAGUGGAUAGGGAAAUGGAAUGGGGAGCCACUCAUGACGCCUGGAUAUUUUCACUGACUCUCUCAACAGAACCACUUGUAAAACAACUAGUGAGUCAAUUUCGUAUUCAUUCAUUUGAUGAAUUGAAGAGGAAAAGUUAUACAAGAAGUAUGGCAUACAGUAUUGAAAAGUUACCUGCAGGUAACUUCGCCAUAGGAGAAUACAUAACGCAAGAAGCUGUCCUUGACAUGAUGUUAAUGUUGGAAGAUUUUUACUACGAGCAGUGUGUGGUGAUGAUGAGAAAGAGUUCUCCUUACACGGAGAAGGUCAGUCAACUGGUGGGGCGCCUCCAUCAAUCCGGUCUACUGCUGGCAUGGGAAACACAGGUCGCGCUAAAGCAUUUGAAUUACAAAGUACAGGUAGAGGUGCGGCUAUCGAGAUCCAAAAACGACGUCGGCACAACGAAGCCCUUGAAUCUUGACAAUGUUGUGGGUAUCUUCAUAGUAUACGCCAUCGGCCUCACGAUUUCCUUUGCAAUUUUUUUGGGAGAAAUCUAUGUGCACCAACGUAAAAAGAAGAAUGAAGUUUCGCAUAUUGAUUGAAAGUAUAGAAUCCUCACGGAGUACC